GAAGUAUUGUAAGUUGUCACGUUUAACAAAUAGAUGUUAUUUGUUAAUUAUCGUCCAAACGUUUUAUGUGUUUAUGGAAACGAUCCAUCCAUCAUUUUUAUUAAUUUCGAGCCUUUUUAAUUAGUUAUACUUAGUUUGAUAAGUGCUGUAUAUAAAACUUAAAAUGUCCAAAGAAAACACUGAAACUGAAAAUGGUGAAUCCUCCGUAACAACUGAAGAGAUAAGUGAAAAACGCAUAGGUUGUGCUCAUUACAAACGUAGAGCUAAAUUUGUGACUCCAUGCUGCAACAAACUGUACAUGUGCCGCUACUGCCAUGAUGAGAAGGAAGAACAUUAUUUCAACAGGAAAUCUGUAACAGAACUCAUUUGUACUGAGUGUGACACAAGACAGAAGGUUCAGGCAAAAUGUAUUAAAUGUGGAGUCACUUUUGGAAAGUACACAUGUCUGAUCUGUAAUCUGUUUGAUGACGAGGACAAGAAGCAGUAUCACUGUGAUGGAUGUGGCAUCUGUAGAGUGGGCGGACGGGAUAGGUUCUUUCAUUGUGAACGCUGCAACAUGUGUCUCCCUGUGCAGUUGCAAGAAGUCGGCCAUAGGUGUGUAGAGAAUGUGUCCCGUGCAAACUGUCCCGUGUGUCUUGAGGACAUACACACGUCCCGGAUCCCGUGCCACAUACCAGACUGCGGCCAUCUCCUUCACAGACCGUGCUUUGAACAGAUGCUUCGCUCGGGACACUACGCCUGCCCCACCUGCCAGACCAGCAUGAUUGAUAUGACCAAUCUGUGGAAUUAUUUGGACUCAGAAGUUGCCGCUACACCGAUGCCACCGGAAUAUGCAAACUAUAAGACCACUAUACUAUGCAAGGAUUGUCACAAGUUGUCGACUGUUAAGUUUCAUGUGGUCGGUCUGAAGUGUCAACACUGCGGUGGCUACAACACGUGCCAGACAAACGGCUUUCACAAAGAUUCUGGUACAUCCGACCAGUGCGAGACGAGCACGCCCUCGUCCAGCCGCAGCGGUUCAAGCUCCAGCCAACCGGACACGACCGAGCAACGUGACGAGAACGACACGACAGACACGCGGGAAGAACACGACACGACCGACACACACGGACCCGACCUGCCGCGAGCCAAUCCGCUGGACGAACCACCGCAAGCCUGACACGAUACACACGGCCGGGAUUAACGGACGUCCCGUGAUAGGAUAGGCGUCUCACAGAGCAUAUGAAGCACAACGUAACAUGCUGAGAUCCGAGGACCUGUUACCAUAUAACAUAUAUCUCAUUAAUACGGACAUGCAAUGAACAGUAGUACAGUCGUGUUGUAAGUGUUCCAGAUACUCGCUGUAUAUGAAAUGUGAUAUGAUUUGUAAAAUAUCUUUGUGUUUCACUUAUUACACUAAGCUACUACCAGCGAGCGUCGUUUGUAUUUAUUUUAUAUAGUUUUAUUUUAAUUCAUUGAUUCUUCAUCGCUUUUAUUGAUAUGUACAGCUUUUAGCAUUCUAUCGACUAGAAUAUUCUGUCUUCAUAACAUGUAAAUAAAUAAUUUUAUUAUUAUUAUUAUUUCGUCGUAUAACAGUUUCGUAUAUAUUAAUGUGAUGUUGUUCUAGUUACUAUGUUUUAUCAUUAUUUUUAUUUAUUACUUAAAUCCACGUAAUAUGAGCUGUUGUAUUUUAUUUUAUUUUUUUUGUUUUGGAUAUAUUUAUCCUAAUUCUGUUAUUAGUAUCGCUAUUAAUAAUAAUUAAAUAACAUUUACAACUU